AUGCAGCUUUCGAGACUUUUCAUAUCACUUUUCUUGCUCCUGGUGACGGGUGUACUGGCACAGGACCUCCUGUCCGUACUCUCCUCCCACUCCGACCUAUCUCGUCUCAACUCUCUCCUCCAAACAGUCCCUUCGUUUGCGGAUUUUCUCAAUUCCUCCUCUGACAUCACCUUCCUCGCUCCAUCAAACGAUGCCAUCGAGGACCUCCAAGACUUGUUUCCUCGAGGGGACAAUUCUUCUGAAAUCCUGGAAGCGGCGCUCGCUUACCACGUUCUCAACGGCCGAUUCCCAGCUUCCGAAAUUACUCGAGAUGGUCGGUUCAUCCAAACUUUGCUGACAAACCCGGCGUAUGUGAAUGUCACCGGUGGGCAGGCUGUCUAUGCGGCAUCUUCGAAUUCGUCGGACGACGACACCGAAGUCGUUUUUUAUUCUGGCUACAAUUCCAAGUCAAAGGUGGUGGAAUCGGACAUCCACUUCGCCAACGGCCUCAUCCACAUCAUCGACGACGCCCUCGUGAUCCCGCCUUCUGUCACGGACGCCGCCCUGGCAGCGGGCCUCACAUCUCUCGUCGGCGCUGUCUCGAAUGCAUCCUUCGCCUGGACACAAUGGAGUAACAACACCUUCUUCACGCCGACCAACGACGCAUUCGAAUCCGUGGCGUCUGCAUUAACGAAUCUUUCGCCAGAUGAAUUGCACACGAUACUCAUGUACCACGUUAUCAAUGACACGGUGCCGAUUUAUACGAGUCGGAUCGAUCACGAGAAUUGGAUCACGACCACGGGCACGAACAUCACCUUCAACAUCACGGCCGAUGGCAUCAUCUUCGUGAAUUCCGCCGCGAUCGUGCAAGCGAAUAUCCUGGUGGCGAACGGCGUGAUGCAUGUCAUUGACAAUGUCCUGAACCCCAACGCCACGCGCGAUGGCACGAGCGGCCAGCUCCCGCCCCCGACGAACCAGACAUCGGGUCUCCCAGCAUUUCCCGACGCGACCUCGGUUGUUGACGAGGUUCCUUUCACGAGCGGCGUGCCUGAGGCGACGACGACCCUGGACCCAGAGCCCACUCAGACACCAUACCACGGCAACAUGGCGCCUGAAGAGCCUUCGGGUACUGAUGGAGGCUCUGCCGAGAGCACUGGUGCUCCGGCCGUCGAAGAAAGUGGAGCGGCUGCCCUCAUGGCUAGUCGCGCGGGGGUUGUGGUGUCCGCAUUCGCGGCGAUACUUGUGACAGGAUGGGGUAUGUUGAACCUGCCAUAA